GGAAUGCAUGAGCAAUACGAGUAUUGUUUUGGGGCAGCGAGGGAAGGCUGAGGAACGGAGCGUUGUGAGGGAAAAGUGCGGUGUGCUGCAGGGAAAGCCAUGAGUGAAGUCCAACCGUCAACAUGAGUGAACAGGAGCCCACAGUGCGCGAGAGGGUGGUGGAGCUGCUCAAUACAGCAGCUUUUCUGCCCUCAGAGAAGGAAAAGAUAGCCACUCUGGCCAAGGUGCAGGAACUCAUCAUCCAUCUUGAUCCACAGCUUCUUGAUUCCUUCUUUGAAGAUGUUGCAGCAUUCCAGAAAGAUAGAAAUUCAGAUGUACGGAAAUUUGUAGUUGGCUUCAUAGAGGAAGCAUGCAAGAAAGAUGUGGCAAUGCUUCCACGGCUGGUGCCCAACAUGCAGCUGCUGGUGAUGGACGAGGCAGUGUCGGUGGUGAAACGAGUGGUGCAAGCAGUGGUCCAACUCCACCGGGCUACCUUGGCCUGGCUGGCUGCUGCACGCACCACCACUCCAGAGAUGGAGCAGGUGUGGCACAUCAUCACCACCAUGAAAAACACCAUCCUUACCAUGAUUGAUCAUGACAAUGAUGGUGUAAGAACACAAGCUAUCAAAUUCCUGGAGGCAAUGGUGCUGCUGCAGACCUAUACCGAGCCAGACUCAGUGACUCGAGAAGGGGAAUUCAACCUGGAUCACGUGCCACUGACACUGAAGGUGGCAAGGCCCAGGAAACUUGAAGAAGAAGCAAAGAUGGUCCUGGGUAAACUGCUGGCUUUCCAGGGUUCCAUUCACAUCAGCUCAGUGAACCUCAUGACUUGCAUGUCCUCCCUGACCAUCAUUGCCCGUGCCCGACCUCAGUUUCUAGGGAAAGUGGUUAAUGCCCUGGAAAUCUUACAUGCUAACCUACCACCCACACUUACCAAGUCUCAGGUGAACAGUGUAAGGAAACAUCUGAAGAUUCAGAUGAUCAACUUAUUGAAACACCCAGCCUCUCAUGAUUAUCACUACAACAUCACCACUGUCCUCACUGACUUGGGCAUGUCUUCAUCAGAGAUCAAUAAGGCCAUGCCCUCAAAGGAUUCUAUGAAGAGGUGGAUUCGAAGGGACAAGGUUGGAGAAGAGCCAGUUGAGUCGGCUCCCAAAAAGCCUCGGAUUGAGAAGGAAGAGAAGAAAGGCAAAGUGGAAGAGCCACCUGCAGCAGUUGUGGAGAAGACCUCAGCACUUGACAUAACGCAGCGAUGGCUGGUAGAAAAACUUAUUCCAGAAAAUGUGGCUAAUUUGGUUCUGGUCUCCAUGCUAAAUCUGCCAGAUGAGAUGCCACCUCUGUUCAGUGCAGGAUACAGCCCCAUCACAGCAGCCGGCACUCAGACACAAAUUCAGCAUGUGGCCCGCCUGCUGUCGUCCCAACUGACAGCAGGGGGAGUGGGCCCAGGGGUGGAGCAAGUCAAAGAUGACGAGAUGAAGGGUGGUUAUGAUAGCGAUGAUGAAAGCAACAUCUCUCGGCUAGUGGGAGGCAGAGUGCAGGAGGAGUCUAUACAGAGUGGUCCUGUUUUGGUGCCUGCUGGUCUUGCUGUGCGUGGUGCAAGACAUAAAGCCAAGACCAUGAAGUUGGAAGAAGUCACGAAACCAAUGAAUGCCGCAGCAAGUGCCAAAAUGCAACAACUUCUGCUGCAGCGUCUGUUGAAAAAUCACAAAACUCCAUUGCUUGGGUCUGGUGCCAAGGACUGUGUCAGAAUACUCACUGUUCUCAUGGGCUCCAUAUCUCCCAAUGAGUGUGAGGAACUAGAAGACUUUUUGCUGGAGGAUAUGACGAACAACUGUGACUUGCUCUUCUCGUGGCUGUUCUCGGAGUAUGCUACCGACCAUGACUUCUCCCAGGUCAACCGUUUCUUGGGCAAUGCAGGAAAGAAGGAUAAUGAGAAGCAGUACUCAGAUAUCAUGUCCAGCAUAGUGAUGAAGGCUUUAGCUAAGGAAGCAAGCAAGGAGAGAGAUGAGUUUUUAUCUCGUUUGUUCCUGGAAGCUCCUCAUGUGCCUGAGAAUCUUAUCUCCUCCUUAGUCAGAUGUGGUAGCCAAGGUAGUGACUCCGUCCUGGCUGCAGCCAAUACUUUGAAAGAUAUAUCACGAUGGCGACCACCUGCCUCACAGCCUGCCUUGGAAGUCCUUGCCAUGUUAGCUACCCAUGAGCAAGAAACAGUGCGUGAUCAGGUGAUACCUAUACUGGUGGAGCUGUGUGAGCAGGAGACUUACAUGGAGAUUGUGUCUGAAUCAGCUACCAAGUUUCUCAAAUAUUUACUUCUGGAAGCACCACCAGAAGCUCUGUGCACUCACGACUUGGGGCGUCCCAUCCAACCCGAGGAAUGGACAGAGGCAUCAGUCAAGGCCUGCCUAUACUUGCAUCUGGCUCUUUUACCACUUAAUCAGUCAAUGAUCCAUGAUUUGGCACAAGUGUAUGUAAAAACAGUAAAUGAAGCCAAGCGAUCAAUCCUUCGCCUGUUGGAAGGACCGAUCCGCCACAUGGGCAUGGAGUCCCCACAGCUGCUGAAAUUAGUGGAGACUUGCCCUAAGGGUGGAGAGACCCUCAUCACUCGCAUCAUUCAUAUCCUCACAGAGAAAGCUCCUCCCAGUGAAGCUCUGGUGUGUCGUGUGAGAGAGCUCUACAAUCGAAGGGUAUCAGAUGUGCGCUUUCUCAUUCCUGUUCUGACGGGGCUCAGUAAGAAGGAAGUGAUUGCAGUACUGCCGAAAUUAAUUAAGCUGAACCCACAUGUUGUGAAAGAGGUAUUUAAUAGAUUAUGGGGAGUAACACUGGAUACAGGAGCUUCACCACUUACACCUGUUGACCUGCUGGUGGCUCUUCAUCUCAUUGAUAAUGACAAAUGCGAUGUAAAGACUGUCAUUAAAGCAACAGGCCUGUGUUUUGGAGAGAGGAAUAUUUACACAGCAGAAGUAUUGGCCUUUGUACUACAGCAGCUGAUGGAACAACCUUCCUUACCAACACUCUUUAUGCGCACUGUCAUCCAAACCCUCACGCAUUAUCCCAAGCUCCUAGGAUUCAUUAUGAAUGUGCUCCAACGUCUCAUAUCUCGUCAGGUAUGGAAGCAAAGGAAAGUAUGGGAAGGUUUCAUCAAGUGUUGCCAACGAGCAGGAGCCCAGAGCUUCACAGUAUUACUUCAGCUUCCCCCACCCCAGCUUGCUGAUGUAUUCUCUGUGGCACCUGACUUACGCUCUAGGCUCCUCUCUCAUAUUGCAACUCUUACUGAAAACCAGAGAGCACACAUACCACCAAGUCUUAUGGAUGUGAUUGAAGGGAGAGUAACUACUGAGCUUUCCCAUCCAGUUCCUCAUCCCAGUGAGGUUCCUCUUCCACCUGCUCCUGAGUCAUAAAGAAUGCCAACCAGGACUACAUUGAGGCUCAUUUGUGAAGAUGGACAGCUGGCUAAAUGAUUACUUGCAAGGGAACAAAGUUUAGAUAGCUCACAUAGUUCUGGUUUUCAGAUGAGACCUCAUACUUUUAUUUGCUAAAUUGUAGACAAUUAAUAAUUUUGAUAUAAAAA